AUGUCACAAUUCGAAUCGGACAAAAAAAUGAAAGCUCAUAUAACCAUUAAGUCAGAGGCUAGUACUGAAGAGAACCUCGAAAAUGGAACCAUAUUUGAAGAUGAGGACCAUAACGUUUUCGUUGAUAAUGGCGAGGGCCCAGAUUUCAGAGGUGUUUCUUGUCUCGGUGCCGCAGUUUUGAUCGCGAAAACGCAAUUUGGUUUAGGAGUACUUGGUUUACCUAUGACUUUUCAAGUUUUGGGAUUCGUGCCUGGUUUGAUAAGUCUUAUUGGCUUAUGCGCUAUAAGUACAUGGACGGGGUAUGUUAUCGGUAGAUUCCGUCUUUCACACCCACAAGUUCAUAGUAUAGGAGACGCAGCUUAUCUUAUGUUUGGCAAGUAUGCUCGUGAAGUAAUGGGAUUUGCAUUUUGGCUAUUCUACACGCUUUGUUACGGUUCUUCUUUGCUUACUGUUUCUAUUGCCUUCAAUACUUUUACAGGUCAUGCCAUUUGUACUACGGCUUGGAUUGGCAUUGGUGCUGUCAUAGCUCUCAUCCUUGGGCUUUUUACACGUACCAUGAAAGUUUUAUCAUGGUGUGGUUAUAUUGCUGUAAUAUCUAUUUUCUGUGGUGCUUGGAUCGUGGCUAUUGCUUGUUUAACUCAAACUACCCCUUCCGCAGCACCCAAGUCAGGACCAGUUGAUAAAAUGGUACAAGCAGUUGCAACUGGUGUAUCUUAUUCAGCUAUCUCUGGCGCUAUCGCUACACAACUCAUAAGCCUUUGUGGUACUGCUUCAUUUUUUUCAAUUCACGCUGAAAUGAAGGACCAAACCAAGUAUACUAAAUCCCUUUUCAUGGGUCAAGGGUUUGUUGUUUUUAACUAUGUGGUUAUCAGUUGCAUUGUUUAUGGAAAAGUUGGGCAGUAUGUUGCAUCGCCAUCCCUUGGAUCUGCUGGUAUGUUGAUACAAAAAGUCGCAUACGGGGUUUCAUUUCCAGGGCUUCUCUUCUCGUGCUUUUUUCAAGCUCAUCUUGCUGCGAAAUACACACUUGUUCGUCUUUUAAGAGGUUCUCAACAUUUACAAAGCAAUUCUAAAACCCAUUGGAUAACAUGGAUUACUAUGAUGGUUUUAGUUAUUGGUGUCGGAUUGGUUAUAGCUGGAUCUAUUCCUUUCUUUGAUGAUUUAUUAGGAUUGAUUGGUGCUCUUCUUGGUACAAGUUUUACUCUUAUAAUACCCGCCUUCAUGGCCUUAUACGAAUUGGCUGUGGAAUCCUAUGAACCAAAAGAUAUUGGUUUAACCUGGUUGAAAAAAUCCCAAAGGGUGUGGGGAAAUAGUAGAAAAAACAUUAUAAUUGUGUCUGUGGCACUUUUCACAAUUGUUGCCGGUGUUUAUAUCUGUAUCUCAGGUGUGUAUGGUUCUAUUACAAGCAUUGCACAAGCUUAUGCUGAUGGCACUGUUUCAGGUGCAUUCUCAUGUGCAGAUAAUAGUAGCUGA